AGAAAUGGCUACUAAACCUGGCAUUCUCACUGAGUGGCCAUGGGCAGGGCUUGGCAACUUAAAGUACCUGGUGUUGGCACCAUUUGCGUGUCACAGCAUAUACACAUUCUUCAUGAGCAGAGAUGAAAGUCAGAGGGACAUGUUCUACAUACUUGUACUUCCGUUUACUCUCUCCAGAAUGAUUCAUUAUCAGCUAUGGAUAUCCAUAUCCCGCUACAGGACUGCAAAGGGUAAUAAUCGAAUUAUUGAUAAAAGCAUCGAAUUUGAUCAAGUUGACAGAGAAAGCAACUGGGAUGAUCAGAUCAUACUUUUUGGGUUGGUAUAUUAUAUCGGAUACCUGAUUGUAGAACAAGCUCAUCAUAUGCCUGUGUGGAGGACUGAUGGAAUCAUAAUAACUGCCUUGAUCCAUAUUGGUCCUGUCGAGUUCCUCUAUUACUGGUUUCACAGAGCUCUGCAUCAUCAUUUUCUCUACUCUCGCUACCAUUCCCAUCACCACUCCUCCAUUGCUACUGAGCCCAUCACUGCUGUUAUUCAUCCAUUUGCUGAGCUACUAGCAUAUUAUAUGCUCUUUGCCAUACCCGUGUUCACAACUGUAUUCACUGGGACUGUUUCAAUGGCUUCACUUGGUGCUUAUGCCAUAUAUCUUGAUUUCAUGAACCUCAUGGGCCAUUGCAACUUUGAGCUAAUUCCUAAGUGGAUGUUCUCUAUCUUUCCCCCGCUCAAGUACUUGAUGUAUACGCCCUCGUACCACUCACUACAUCACACUCAAUUUAGAACAAAUUAUUCACUUUUUAUGCCAAUGUAUGACUAUCUGUAUGGUUCAGUGGAUAAGUCAUCAGACACAUUGUAUGAAAAGUCACUCGAGAGAGAAGCUGAAGUGCCUGAUGUUGUGCACCUUACACAUCUAACAACCCUAGAAUCCAUCUACCAUCUUCGACUAGGGUUUGCAUCACUGGCCUCAAAGCCUCACGCCUCUAAGUGGUAUUUGCUGCUAAUGUGGCCCGUCACACUAUGUUCAAUAGUGCUUACAUGGAUUUACGGUCACACAUUUGUUGUUGAGAGAAAUUUGUUCAAGAAUCUCAAAUUACAAACCUGGGCUAUCCCCAAGUAUCGCAUACAAUACUUUAUGCAAUGGCAAAGAGAGAGUAUUAGCAAUUUGAUCGAGGAAGCCAUCAUUGAAGCAGAUCAGAAAGGCAUAAAAGUGUUGAGCCUUGGACUCUUAAAUCAGGAAGAGCAACUGAAUAGUCAUGGUGAAUUUUACGUAAAGAGGUAUCUACACCUGAAAGUGAAGGUGGUAGAUGGAAGUAGCUUAGCUGUAGCCGUGGUCCUAAACUCCAUUCCUGAAGGAACUUCCCAAGUUGUCCUUCGAGGUAGCUUGUCCAAAGUUGCUAUCUCCAUUGCCCUUGCCUUGUGCCAAGGAGAAAUUCAGGUUGUCACGUUAAACAGAGACGAUUACAGGAGACUUAAAGCAAAGCUUACCCCCGAGGCUGCAACUAAUAUGGUCCUCUCUAAUUCUUAUAAUGUUUCAAAGACAUGGCUAGUAGGGGAUGGAUUGAGUGAUGACGAGCAAUUGAAAGCACCAAAAGGAACACUAUUUAUUCCCUUUUCACAAUUUCCACUAAGAAAAGUUCGCAAGGACUGCUUCUAUUUCAACACACCAGCCAUGAUUGCUCCAAAGCAUCUUGAAAAUGUAGACUCCUGUGAGAAUUGGCUACCAAGAAGAGUGAUGAGUGCGUGGAGAAUAGCUGGAAUUGUGCAUGCAUUGGAAGGUUGGAAUGAGCAUGAUUGUGGUGAGAUGAUGAUUGAUGUUGAAAAAGUGUGGAAAGCUAGUCUCAGUCAUGGUUUUUGCUCAUUAACCAAGAUUUCUGCUGCUUAAUCAAAGGGCUAAAAUUAUACUACUAUUAUAGAUAGACUGCUGCUUAUAUUAUUGAAUCUUGGAUCUAUGGUACCAUUUCGUUGGGUAAACGAAAAGUAUGCACAAUAUUAGCCUCUACUAGAACAUGUAAUAGGUAGCAAACCCAUUAAAAUAUAUAAAGGUUUGAGGUACGUAUCUCAUUAAGAA